ACUUUCAUUUUGUUUUUCUCCUUCAAUUUGAAAGAGCCGGAACGGAUUAUCGGAACAAUUUACAGAAAAAAAAUCUGAAAAGAAUAUAAAAAGAACUUGGACAAAAAAAGUACAUAGAAAAUAUACAUAAUUAUAUAAAAAAUAAACAUCAAAAAAGUAACUUUGUUUUGCAAGUGUUAAGCCGAAAUAAGUUUUCUUUUGAAAGGAAACAAAAGAAAUUUCGAGUGAAAGAAGUGAAGAAUAUUGGAGCAGACUACAAACGGUGAAAAAAGUACAGUGAAAUUUUUCUGAGAAAAAGAAAAUUAUUGAUGUGUUAGUGUGCAUUGAGGUAAACGAAUGCAAGCGACAAAAAGUACAUGUAUAUUUUUUUUACAAAUAAUUAAAAUAAAGAAGUAUAUAUUGAAAAGAAGCGUUUGUGGAUUGUAUGUAACCAAAGUAUAACCAAAGAUCAUUGAUUUCUGACUAUCGAUAUUUACACAACAUAUUUCUAUGAGACGUACAUAUAUUGAACAUAUUUACAGUAAAAUAACAACAACAACAAUAAAUCUUUGGUCUAUUCUCCUAGCUGUGGCGCCAACCAAUCGAAUAACAGGAAAGAUCUUGCUAAAAGUCUAAGAUAAAUAAAAAAGGAAUUACUUUCAUAUAGAAUUUACAUAAAGAUUUACAUUUUAAAAACAAAUAAACGGCCUUUUAAUGAUGUCGUCCGAUCAACAGUUCUUUUUAAAAUGGAACGAUUUUCAAACGAAUAUGGUGACAUCGUUUCGGCACUUAAGAGAUGAAAAAAGCUUCACAGAUGUAACUCUUGCCUGUGAAGGACAAACAUGUAAAGCGCAUAAAAUGGUCUUAUCGGCAUGUAGUCCGUACUUUAAGGCAUUGCUUGAGGAAAAUCCAUCCAAACAUCCUAUUAUCAUACUCAAAGAUGUUUCCUACAUACAUCUGCAAGCUAUUUUAGAAUUUAUGUAUGCUGGCGAAGUGAAUGUGUCACAAGAACAGUUACCUGCAUUCCUAAAGACAGCUGAUCGCCUUAAGGUGAAAGGUCUAGCAGAAACACCCAGUUCUAUAAAACGGGAGGGUUGAUGGUGGUAAACAUUCAAUACUUUUGAGGUCCUUGAAAAAGAUCUACCUUCCACAAAACCAACAAAACAAAAAAUAAGCAACAAUACAUUUAAAAUGCAGCAGCACACGUACACCCGCAAAUUUUCUUCACUAUGCAAUGAAACACACAUAUAAAUUUUAUCAUUGAUCCUCCUUUAAAAACAUCUCUUAUAACUUGCUCUUCUCUUUCAUUCUUUCUCUAUCUCUAUCCUGACUGUAUAAGAUUCAUUUAUCAAAACAUCAAUAACAAACACCAGCAAAAUAUUAUUUAAUUGGAAUUUAAAAACUUCUAAAAAAUAUUAAUACAUAAUUCUAUAUGAUGCAACAACCAACCUACAACAAUCUACAAAAUUAUUAUUUAUAAACAUGAAACUGCAAAAAGUUGCUCUUAAAAAAAAACUUCAUAAAAACAAAACAUUUUAUAAACAUUCGAUAAAAAAGAAAAUAUCUUAGGAUUCUUAUAAAAAAGUAAAAAAAACUCAAAUCCAUUGCAUUCAAUUUUAAGUUUUGCUUCUUCUCAAAUCUGUGAAGUAUUUAGUUUAUUUUCUCUUAUAAUUUAAUAUUUAAUUUGACAUAUACAUAAUAUCUGUAUGUUAAUUUCGUAUUAUAAAUAUUUUUCAUUUCCUUUUUUUAAUUUAAUUUAUAAUUUUUAUAAUAUUCCGUGUUUUCAAAAUGAAACGUUCUUUUUUACUAGUACUUUUUUAUUUUCUCCAAAAAAAAAAAAUUGUAUUUCAUUUCUCAAAAACUUAAUCAAGUAUAUUUAACACUUGAAUAUUAUCAUUUAAAUAUUAAUUAAAAGCAUAAAUAUUAAUUUUAAUUACUAUAUAUUAUAUAUAAAAAUGUGAAAAAAAAAUAAAAAUAAUUUAAUAAUGGAAAUAAUACAUACAAACUUAAAUAUAAAAUAAAA